UGAAUUCUUCAACUCUUUAAGUGGAUGAUUCGUUAUGUCACAGCGCCCUCUGCUGGAUCAACCACGGGAACACAUCUGCACAGGAACAUCUUCAUCCUCUUCCUCUUCACGGUGGACAGGUAAAGCUUGGUGGUUUAAAUAAACCAGGUUCCUGACUCAAGAUGAAGUUAUAACUUUUAGAGUUUGAUGACGAUGGAAAUGGAAAUGAUAUCAGUGGAGUUGAGUUUCAGUAAAAGCAACUCCAACAACCCUGGAGAACCAGAACCACAGGGGGCCUGCCUCCUGUUAGACCCCGUCCCUGAUACCGUGAACUGACUGGUGUGGUCCACAGACGGUCCAGCAUUAGUUCUAAUGUUUGUUGGUUCUAGUGUUGAUUAAAGCUGGUUCUAAUGUUAGUUCAAGUGUUGGUUCUAAUGUGAGUUCUAGUGUUGGUUCUAACAUUAGUUAAACUGUUGGUUCUAACAUCAGUUCAAGUUUUGAUUCUACUGUUGGUUCUAGUGUUUGUUCGUUCAAGCAUUAGGACUAAUGUUGGUUCUAUUGCUGGUUUGAGUAUUAGUUGGUUCUAGUGUAGAUUCUAACACUGGUUCUAAUGUUAGUUCUACAGUUGGUUCUAACGUUAGUUCUACUGUUUGUUCUAACAUGGCUUGGAGUGUGAGCGUGUUUUCAGUGUAUUUUUAUUUUCCACUGUGUAUUUCUGCGGGUUCCACUGUCUUUUACUGAGCUUUACUGUUUAGUUUGUUGUUGGUUAUUUUAAAAUUCGGCUCACAGCCCCGCCCACCAAGAGAAAUAAUCCCAGAGUGGCGUCCAUCUUGGCUCCGUGUGCUGCGGCUGGGACAGAGUGGCGUCCAUCUUGGCUCCGUGUGCUGCGGCUGGGACAGAGCUGAGUAGCCGAGGAAGAGCUGCAAACCUCGGAUCAUUGUUGAUAUCCGGACCAGGGUCGGACCAGGGUCGGACCAGGGUCGGACCAUUUUCGGUCUAUGGCCGGUUUCACCCCCACACGGAGGACAGGCGGUCUGUGGUCGCGGUCUGUGGUUUACAUCGGGGCCGGCGGCUGUUAGCCACGCAGCUAAUCUGACGGCUAGCCGGGGAGCUAGCGUUAGUUCCCGGCCUGAGGAAACCAGGUCCUGGAUCACACCCCGCACCCUCUACCGUCUUUACCCGAACAUGCUGCGGCCGGCACGGACUAACCGUCCCUGGCCCAGACGUGGCAGCUAGCUGGAGCUCGACCUAAUGCCGUUUCAUAACCGACGUUACCCGACGAAGAGCUGUUUGGACCGGGACCCGGUGCAGCUGGUUUAGAGGUUAAUGCGUGUCUCCGUGGGAUUAGAACCGGAACUAGAACCCAGGAUGGGACCAGCGACCAGACUCUUCCUCGGCGCCUUCCUCAUCUCCUGCUCCUCAGGUGCGAUUCUUGGCCGCUCAGACUCUCAGAAGUGUGUCCGCUACGACAGCCCUUCCUCGUCCAUGUCCUCCUCUUCGUCCUCCUCCUCCUCUCUCAGGGGGAGUCAGGGGGGGAACGUCACCACGGUGGAGACCUGCUCUGGGGAGGAGGACAAGAGGCUGCACUGCUUCGCCACCUGGAGGAAUGUAUCGGGGACAGUCCAGGUCCUGAAACAGGGCUGCUGGUUGGAUCACCCCAGCUGCUACGACAGGACUGAGUGCGUUGAGAAGAACGAAGAACCCGACGUCUUCUUCUGCUGCUGCGAAGGAACUCUCUGUAACCACAAGUUCUUCUACAGCCCCAACAGCAGCCAGAUACCCACAACAAGCUUACCUGUCCAGGUGAGGCCCUCCGUGGUGACCACCCUGAUGUACUCCCUGGUUCCCAUCAUGGUCGUCAGCGCCAUCGUCCUUGUGUUCUUCUGGAUGUACCGACACCACAAGCUGGCCUACCCUCCUGUCCUGGUGCCCACACAGGACCCUGGUCCUCUGCCCCCGUCCCCAGUCCUGGGCCAGAAGCCUCUGCAGCUGCUGGAGGUUAAAGCCAGGGGGCGCUUUGGAAUUGUGUGGAAGGCUCAGCUGCUGAAUGAAUACGUGGCAGUGAAGACGUUCCCCAUACAGGAAAAAGGGUCCUGGAUGAAUGAGUAUGAGAUCUACAGCCUAAGUGGGAUGAGACAUGAGAAUCUGCUGCAGUUCAUCGGAGCCCAGAAGAGAAGCAGCCACUUAGACCUGGACCUGGAGCUGUGGCUCAUUACAGCCUAUCAUGAGAAGGGGUCUCUGACUGACUACCUGAAGGCCAACGUCCUGUCCUGGUCUGACCUGUGUCUCAUCGCUCAGUCCAUGUCUAGAGGUCUGUCCUACCUGCACGAGGACAUUCCUGGACACAAGGAAGGACACAAGCCUGCCAUCGCACACAGGGACCUGAAGAGUAAGAACAUCCUGCUGAAGUCUGACCUCACCGCCUGCAUUGCUGACUUUGGACUUGCUCUCAGGUUUGAGCCGGGGACGUCUCCAGGAGACACUCAUGGACAGGUAGGGACUCGGAGGUACAUGGCCCCCGAGGUCCUGGAGGGGGCCAUCAACUUCCAGAGAGACGCCUUCCUGAGGAUCGACAUGUACGCUUUGGGCCUGGUGCUUUGGGAACUAGCCUCACGCUGCACAGCUGCAGACGGUCCGGUGGAUGAGUACAUGCUGCCCUUUGAGGAGGAGGUGGGACAGCAUCCGUCCCUGGAGGACAUGCAGGAUGUGGUCGUCCACAAGAAGCUGAGGCCGACACUCAGAGAGUGUUGGCAGAAACAUUCGGGCCUGGUGCUGCUGUGUGAGACCAUGGAGGAGUGCUGGGACCAUGAAGCGGAGGCUCGCCUUUCAUCCGGUUGUGUUGCCGAACGUGUUGUACAGAUGCGGCGUCAAACGGUUGCCACGGCGCCGGAGGAGGCCGUCACCAUCGUCACCAUGGUAACCAACGUGGACUACCCCCCCAAAGAGUCGAGUCUAUGACGAGGAGAUGGACACGGACCAGUCAGACAGACUCUCAGGGUCACGUGACCUGUUGAGUGAAUGGAUCACGUAUGUGCUCAGACACGCUAACGAGGUGCUAAUGAGGUGCUAACAAGACGCUAACAAGACAUUGACAGAGUCAACGUGAUCCCAACCAUCCCUUAAGUCCGAAACUACAGAGAGAGAGACAAUAAACACACAGUAAAUACGAAUAAAUCUGAAUAAAUGUGGCACAGAUCAGAGAUUAAACCAGAGUCCAUGUGUCAGGAGAGUUUCCAUCCAUGAGUCCAGACUCAGGUCCUGGUUCAGUUUUUAUAAAUCAGGGAUUUGUCUCAUGUUUGUGUUGAAGUGUGUGAUGACAACAGAUGAAAGGAGCUUUGUGAGGAGCUCAGAAAAAGAGUUGUUGUUGCUCAUCAGGCUGGAAAC